AUGAAGGACAAUUCUACACAAUGGUCACAGGGACUGCGCUUUGUCCAGUGGAAGAAAAAUACCUUUCACUCAGGAAUUGGAAGGACACCAUAUGAGGCCAUGUAUGGACAGAAGGCUCGUCUUGGUGUUGACGCAACUUCUGUACCAGAGGAAGUCCUGGACGGUAUGCAGACGGAGGAGCAGCUUGAGAGUCGGAGUCAGAGUAUUCAUACUGAACAAAUGAAGUCCAGAAUAGAACAACAGAAACAAGCCCAAAAAAUGAUCGAUAAUUCUGUGAGGAGAUUUCAACCAGCCAAAGUAGGGGACACUGUGGUGGUUCCUGUUCCACUAGUUGACCGCGGACGUGCAGAGUUUGCUAAUGUGAAGGCAGAUGUUUUUCAGACAUUGGACAAUGGCACAUAUAAGCAUGAUGAUGUACAGGAGCGGGAAGUAAGCCUGCGGGAAGUAGCCAUUGCAGAAUCCAUGGGACAAGGUCAGGGAUUCGCUAAAUGCUCUUGCACUAAGUCAUGUAUGACCAGACGCCGCAAAUGUUAA